AUGAGUUCAUCCAACCAGUUUAGUCAGGGCAGAAGAUUUUUAGCAAAUAAGCCAAGGAAUGAGGUUGAUGCUAAGGAAGAAAUCUUCAGAAUUGACGAAAACACAACAUUUGUGAUGAACUAUGGACGUUGGCUGGAAAAACAUAACAAACUUAUUUGUGAGAUACGGAGUGCUUUAAACGAUGAAGUUGUUGAUGAGAAACUAGUGUGUCUUAUAGACAUAGUCAUGAAGCAUUAUUUUGAACUCUCGGAGAUGAAAACAAGUGCUGCAAAUUUUGAUGUCAGCAAUGUUGCUCCUGCUAUUUGGUGCACAACAGCUGAACGCAGUCUGUGGUGGAUUGGGGGCUUUCGCCCUUCACAACUGCUUCAGGUUAUUGUGCCUCAACUUCAACACUCGUGUUCUCAGCAACAACUUUCUGAUAUUUGGAAUUUUGUCCAAUCAUGUCAACAAACAGAAAAUGCUCUUGCACAAGGCAUGGAGAAACUUCACCAAAUCCUUCAUAAUGCAGCAACAGAAAGUGACAAAGGAUUAAGACUCACCUGUGCCCCACAACAACUUACAUUUUUAAAGCAGGCGAAUCAUGUUCGAGAGGAAUUUCUGCAUCAAUUAUGUGGUCUGCUCACAAAUUGUCAGUAUGCAGAAUUCAUAGUUGCUUUGGGGGAACGCCUCUAUAACCCUUCCAGUUCACUUUGA